GGACUGUUGGCGAGAUUACUUGGAAAAGUUCACACUGUCCAUACUAAAAAAAGAUAAUAAUGAAUGAUAUGCAAUACGUGAGAACAUGAACAGAGUUCCAAAGUGCGCCUACUCUCUUUGCUUUUCCUGAUGAACAUCGCACAUCAAGCGAAGUAAUUAUGACAUCCUUGACGAAUCUGCCGCCAAUCGCAAGGCUUUCCAGCAAAGUAAUUCGAAUCCUGGGAUGCAAUCCUGGUCCGAUGACGUUGCAGGGCACAAACACUUACCUCGUAGGCACUGGACGCAGACGUGUGCUAGUCGAUUCUGGAGAAGCAAAGACAGCCAAUGAUUAUAUAAAACUCCUGGACAGUGUAUUAAACGAAGAGAAUGCGACUAUUGAACAUUUGGUGGUCACACAUUGGCAUCACGAUCACAUUGGAGGAGUGGAGCCCGUGCGAAACUUACUAAAAAAAUUAUUUCCCAUGGAAAAGCAGCCAAUCGUGUGGAAAUUGCCACGAUCGCCGAAUGAUACAAACAGCUCGAAUGAUGAGAAAUCAAUUCAAUGGAAACCUCUGAAGAACGAUCAAGUUGUGGAGGUCGAAGGAGCAAAGCUUCAAGUAAAAUACAUGCCAGGACAUACCAGCGAUCAUGCAUGUUUGCUGCUGCAGGAUGAGAAUAUUUUGUUCAGUGGGGAUUGCAUCCUUGGGGAAAGCACAACAGUCUUCGAAGAUCUCCACGAUUACAUGUUGUCGCUAAAUAAAAUCCUGGAGUUGCAACCCAAGAUAAUUUAUCCGGGUCAUGGGCCAGUUCUUAAUGAUCCUCUGCCACAUAUACAGUAUUACAUUAAGCACAGGCAGCAGAGAGAGAAGGACAUUUUACAGAUGUUGCAACAACAGGGAAAUGAUAAAUCGAUGACAGAAAUGGAUAUUGUUAAGCUGAUAUAUAAGGAUACUCCAGAAAAAUUGUGGCUAGCUGCAGCAUUUACUGUGGGACAUCAUCUUCGUAAGUUAGAGAAAGAGGGGAAAGUGUUGCAAGAAGAAGAUGGCUGGCGGAGAAUUAGGGGCAAAAUGUAGAUAGAUGUACCAUAUGAAGAAUUUUUGUAUAACAAAUACUUUUUUCUCUUUCACAGAUUCGAAAAUCUUUUUCCAGGAUUAAAGUAUACGCGCUAAUAUGUAUUUGUGAAAUGGAAUUUUUGGUCGAGAACGAUCAAAAAUUUCGAAAUUGAUAUAUUUUUACCAUUUCUUAAUGUAACAUAACGUUUCAAGCUGUCAACUCGUGACAAUAUUUGCUUGAUACGAAAGUUUUAUAACCUAUACUUAUGAAAUAUUAAG